AUGGCCUUUGCUAACCCACAAUGGGGCUUCGGUGGCGGUGACCAAGAACAACAUCAACAGCAAAGAGGAUUUGGAGGUGGUUUCGGGGGGGAGAACAACAACAACAACAACAAGAAGGAUUUGGUGGUUUCGGUGGUUUCGGAGGAGGAGAUCAACAGCAACAACAGCAACAGGGAGGAUUUGGUGGUUUCGGAGGAGGAGAUCAACAACAACAACAACAGGGAGGAUUUGGUGGUGGUUUCGGUGAUAAUUUUCUUUGCGGUCUUUGCCAUGACGCUUUCCAAGCCACAGUGGGGAUUCGGAGGCUAUGGCGGUGGAUUUGGUCAGCAGCAGGAAAUGGGAGGAGGAUAUGGCGGAGGUUUUGACCAAAUGCAACAACAGCAGCAAGAAUUUAGUGGUGGCUACGGCGGUGGCUUUGGCGGUCAACAACAGCAGCAGCAGGAAGGAUUUGGCGGUGGAUUUGGCGGUGGCUUUGGCGGCGGUUAUGGAUGGUAG